AUGCCAAUACUAAACGAACGAACAGAUCCGAGUAAAGAUCAAAGUGUUCGAUGGAUCAACAAUCAGUUGAUUGAUGAUAAAAGCAAUGACUAUUUACACAACGUAACAACUGCAGCACAACCGUUCAUGUUUGGUAAUAUCAAUAACAGUUUAUUGUUGGGUCGGACGAUGCCUUUGACUGGUAGCACAACAAAGCCAGUCUCUUCACCAAGUCCGGGUCAAAACGCUGCAUCGUUAUUGCUUCAACAAAAUCCUCGACGAUAUACACCGUACUAA